GAAGCGCUGACGAAACUCAGUGAAAGCUACGCAUGCGCAGUGUAUGUACAUAGGUGGUGGGGACUUGAAAGAUGGCGGCGCCCGUGGAUCUGGAGUUGAAGAAAGCCUUCUCGGAGUUGCAGGUGAAGAUGAUUGACAGACAGCAGAAGGUAAAACUGUCCGACCUGCAGAUUGAUCAGCUGAACCGUGUACAUAAACAUGCCAAGCUCACGCACGCCGAGAUCGCCACGCUGCCUGAUAAUACGCGGCUUUACGAGGGUGUCGGACGCAUGUUUAUCCUGCAACCAAUGGAGGUCAUUAACAAUCAACUGAUGGACAAACAGAAGACAGCGGACGAGAAGAUCAAAGAGCUGGAGGUGUGCAUAUAGUUUCUGUUUCUGUGUAUUCGUGUAUUCCUCAGAACGAAAAUCGUGUGCUUUUCUCAUUUACAGCAGAGGAAGCUUUACCUCGAACGCAGCGUAAAAGAAGCUGAAGACAACAUCAGAGAGAUGCUUGUAUCCAGAAGGGGACCGUGAAAGAAACCCAUCAAUGAUCGGUUCUUUACAUUUUUAUUAAGUUAAACUGACUUUGUCUGUCUGUCUGCUAUCGCCACUAUGUUACUUUUUUUUAUAUCAUGAUCUUCAUCCAUGUAAUAUUAAAAGUUGCCACACAGGCCAUUGGUUAAUUACAAGUAAGUCCAAUUGAAAUUAAAAGUGUGUAUACCUUCA